AGGCACACUGGGCAAUGGGUGGUACCCGUGUCACAGGCUGGCAUGAGGACUAGAGGGGAGCAUAUGUGAUCUCUUGUCCAGAGUGACAGAGAAGAGCCACAGGCCUAAGUCCUCUGCAAUGCUGAACAAUUCUGUAGCAAACUCUUUGGCCAUAAAACCUCAAUUAAUGCAAGGCUAUUUAUGGUCAUUAUUCAUCCUACUUGGUGUAAAAAUUCAAUAGUCUUUCCGCUGAAAUGUUGUUUGAUUAUGAGUGCUACCUCAGCUCCACAAGGGUGUUUUAUGGUGUUAGUUUCCUUAUAAGUCUGAAAAAUUCCAAAUUCCCAAGCUUACCUGACCCUAGAAACCCCAGAGAAGAGCCCGUGGACCUGUGCUCAACUCUGGCUCCCUUCCUUCUUUAAACUGUCAUCUCUGUGAAAGAAGGGGUGGAGGUGUGGGGAGGAGGGGACAUGGGACUUAUCCUGUAACCUGUGGACAGGGGUGAAGUGGGCAUCGUUGUGCACAAGUGUGUGGACAAGCGGAGUGGGCAACAUGUGCAUCCAUCAUCCUGUUUUUGUGAGAAAAGCAGGCGAAGAGGGUUUGCGUGCUGCAUGAGCAGGACAGAGGCAAAAGCAAGGGAGGCUGGUGUGUUAGAAGAGACAUCUUUGAAGGGCAGUAGGUCUCUGACAGCGUUUGCCCUUUAAAACUCUGCCCAGCAUGCGGAAAAGGGGAGGGGGUGGGAGUUGCUGCUGUGAGAAAAAACAGCCACAGCAGAGCGUCAACUGCCAUCAAAGGUCGGCUUGCCACCAGAAGUGGAGCAACUCACUGAGGGCCCGUGGCCGUGGCCACCACCCAGCAGGUGCAACGGAGAGGCAGCAGUGCCCAGGGGAAGGGCCACCUCACUGGGGCCAGGCAGCAACGAGAACGCCGGAAGGGGUCCCUGGGCAGGAGCCAUGACAUGGCCACCUCCCUGCUGGCUGUGCAUUCUGGGGACCCUGGCAGGGCUCUCAGCUACCCCAGCCCCCAAGAGCUGUCCAGAGAGGCACUACUGGGCGCAGGCCCAACUGUGCUGCCGGAUGUGUGAGCCAGGAACAUUCCUCGUGAAGGACUGUGACCGGCACAGAAAGGCUGCUCGGUGCGAUCCGUGCACACCAGGGAGCUCCUUCUCUCCAGACCACCACAGCCGGCCCCACUGCGAGAGCUGUCGGCACUGCAACUCCGGUCUUCUCAUUCGCAACUGCACCAUCACUGCCAAUGCCGAGUGUGCCUGUCCCCAUGGCUGGCAGUGCAGAGAUAAAGAAUGCACCGAGUGCGAUCCUCCUCCAGGCCCCUGGCUGACCACUCACCCAUCUCCAGGCCCGGGCCCACACCCUCAACCCACCCACUUACCUUAUGCCAAAAUGCCACCCCCAGAUACAGUCAGCCUGCUCAGAUCUUCAGACCAGCAUUCCCUGGGGCUCCCUGCUCUACUCCUGUCUGUUUCUCCAGAGAAGCCAGAGGCCAGGACCGUGCAGCUGGUGCAGACGGUGGCUGACUUCAGGCAGCUGCCUGCCCCUGCUCUCUCUACCACCUGGCCAGCCCAGAGGUCCCUGUGCAGCGCAGACUGUAUCCGCAUCUUUGUGAUCCUCUCCGGAAUGUUUCUUGCUUUCACCCUGGGCGGAGCCCUGUUCCUCCAUCAACAAAGAAAAUAUGGAUCAAACAAAGGAGAAGGUCCAGUGGAACCAGCAGAGCCUUGUCCUUACAGCUGCCCCAGGGAGGAGGAGGGCAGCACCAUCCCCAUCCAGGAGGACUACCGAAAGCCAGAGCCUGCUUCCUGCCCCUGAGCCAGCGGCCGGGAUAGCAGAGGGGUCCCCACUGCUGUAGCCCUGGCCUCCAUCCCACCCACCGCCUUCCAGAGGUUGAGACCUGGCAGCCCCAGUGCAGUCCCGUCCUCUCAUCAGGCCCCUCUCCUGUGUACAGACUUGACGGAGUGCCUUUUGGAGACUGGCAGGGACAAGGACAAAUAGGAAUGUGGGGUAGGGUGGGACACAGGAGCCCUGGGAAUAUACACAGGUGUGUACGCUGCGGGAGGCCGCGGGCUCUAGCUACAAACACACUUCCAGCUACAAAAGCCCCACGUGCUGUAUCGCUGACCUACAAAAUCAGCAAAAUAAAGUGACAGGACCACACUGCAGCUCCCCAGCUUCAUCUCUGAAAUUUCAGUCCCCAAACCAAGGCCACAGCCCGCCUCAUCUCCCAGGUCAAGCAUCUGAGACAGGAGUUUCCUCAGGUGCAGAUGGUGGGGGGAUGCGGGGGGCCCCAGCUGGAAAGGGGGAAUGGUCCCCAGGCUGCGGGGCAUCCUGCUCUGACUCAUCUCCCUCCUGCUCCAGCCCUCCACCUCUCCCCUUUACUGGAGCCUGU